CAGUAUAACAUAGUACAAUACGGGGUAGCGUCGUAUUAUUACACCACACAAACCACCAGCCUCGGCUACCGUGCAGUGCGUCUUAUCUAUAAAGACACUAUAAUCUCCAGGAUGCACUUUUAAUCUGCCUAAAUGCCAAAAUAGCGGCUGGCUCUGGCGCACAGGGCGACACUUCAUCUUUCCGGAGGAAACGCAGAUUAAUCGCUACAUUGUUUACAUUUUAAUAGCAGUUUGGGACAUUUCCGGCCACUCUAGCCGAUUAUUUGACAUUAAUAAUGACAGUGUGGUAUUGUUUAGUCUCAUGAAUGUGACAAUAAUGGCAGACAGACCGGCAUGGCGCGUCGGACUGCCGUUCAGAAGAACACAGGGAGAGUGACAAGGACGGGGAGAGGGAGAAAGAAAGGGGAGGGGAACUGACAUUAAAGCAACACAACAAGGAAACUACACUGCGGAGCCACAGACGCCUUCAUUUUAUGUUUUUGAAUAAUAGCCGGAGCUAGUGUGGCGAAGUGUAUCUGUGAGGUCUGACCGGAGCUCAACCCCCCUUUGCACAGCCUCAAGUGCCCGGAAAAGGAGCCGCUUUUUGACCGAGUGGGAUUUAAAGGCGCUCUCCGUCGCUUUCAGAGACAUGGGCUCAGAGCCACCCAGCUCUCCACAGGUGGUGGAGGAUGGAGGAGAGGAGGAUGAGGAGGAGCUGAGUGGAGGAGAGGAGGCAGACCUGCGGUCCAGCUCUGGCCGGGGCUCCCUGCUGACCCGGAGAGGCAUCACCCUGAGAGUGCUGCUCAAGGAUGGCCUGGUGGAGCCGGGGGACGGAGUGCUAGCAAUCCACUACCUGGGUAAGAACUUUGUAGGAGACCUGUUGAAUGAUGGGAAAAUCAGGUGGGUGGAGACGGGCCAGAUCUUCAACUCCCCCAGUGCCUGGGCAACACACUGCAAACGUCUGGUCAACCCAGCCAAGAAGUCUGGCUGUGGCUGGGCGUCUGUACGCUACCGGGGUCAGAAGCUGGUCCAGUACAAAACCACCUGGCUGCACAAGUACCAACCCAGCGCAGACAUGAGCCUGGUGAGUGAGGAGGACGAUGAUGAGGAUGAAGAGGAAGGGAAGACAGCUGUGCAGGCAGAUGAGAAGAACAAGAACAACAAACCUGGAUUAAAUGAUUUGAUGGUUUCACGGAGAUCUGACCGAGAGAGAAUCCCUGUCAGAUACUGCACCUUGGGAACCAGAGAUGCUGCCAGAGAUCCACACACACUCGUGGAGCUGUCGGCCUUCUCAGCCAUCAACAGAUUCCAGCCUUUCAAUGUAGCCGUGUCCAGUAAUGUACUGCUGCUGAUGGACUUCCACUGUCACCUGACCACCAGUGAGGUGGUGGGAUACCUCGGAGGGCGAUGGGAUACGAAUACACAACUCCUCACAGUCUUAAGGGCUUUCCCCUGUCGGACCCGUCUGGCAGACAGAGACUCUGCUUCUGCUGUUGAAGAAGAGAUCUGUCAGAACCUGUUCAUGCGUGGGCUGUCGUUGGUGGGCUGGUACCACAGUCACCCGCGAGGUCCGGCUCUGCCGUCGCUGCAGGACAUCGACUCUCAGAUGGACCAUCAGCUGAGGCUGCAGGGUUCAAACAACGGCUUCCAGCCCUGUCUGGGCAUCAUCUGUGGGCCGUAUUAUCACGGCAAUCAAGGCGUGGCGUCCACAAUAACCCCCUUCUGGGUCGUACCGCCGCCAGAGCAACGGCCUAAUGACCACGGCAUCCCAGUGGCGGUAGAAGUCACCUACGUACAGGACAACUUUCUCACCAGUGAUGUUCUUAAUGAGAUGAUGCUGCUGGUUGACUACUACAGGACCGCUCCCGACAUCGUCCAGUUCAGCCAGUAUUGGUGUCCUGAUACGACCAUGAUGGACAAGAUCAAGGGCUCUCUGAGUUGCCACGCUCCCAAAGAUCAGGCCUACUGUCAGAUCUUAGAGCAUGUCUACAGUCAGCUGAGCUGCACACACUGAAGGGAUCCGCUGUGCACGAAGGCACAGCGCUUCCGUCGCAGGUCGUUCCAUUUCAAAGAAAAAAACAAAACACUUUGCUUGUGCAGAGCUGACCGGACCGGAGUGACGGAUGAACCAUGUUUUAAAAAAAAAAAACCUGCUUGAAAAACAUAUAGAUGCCUUGAAUUCUCUCAUGCUUGAGUAAUUUUGAUACAGCAUUAUCGUGAGUUUAAGAGAAAUAUACGAUUGAUACUCAAAACCAAACAGCACCAGAUCAGAGAACACAAUACCAACAUUUUUCAGAAGCAUUUCAUGGACCAGAAAUCUUCCCUAUUGGACCUAUGUGCCUAUCUGUGCCAGUAUCCUGAACUAUGAGCAGAUAUGUGUACAAUGUAAACUGUUAAUGUGUUGUAAUUGCCUUUAUAGACUAAACCAAUGGAGCAGUAGUUGGGGGGGGGGGGGGAGAAUGAGUAGUGAAUAAUAUACUACAAUAGCAAAGUAUGCAAGUGUGUCUUGGUUUGACCUGAACUGUACUCUGCAAUAAGUUUUGUGAACAUGUUCCUCAAGUGAAAUUGUGUGCGUAUGUGUGUGUGUGUGUGUGUGUGUGGUGAAUGUGCCCCUCUACUGUCUCCCUGUCAGGUUAUGUGCGACACGAGUGCAGACAUUUGCUUCCUCUUUAUCCGUACUGUAUUUAUUACGAACUGUGGAUUGUGUGAUGUACAUGUAUGAAGACAGAGCAAUGCCUUAAGCCUGCUGAUGAUCCACGAAGCAUUAAAAUAUACACACUGGAACUAUUUAAA